GCCUCCCACGCGAACGGACAGCAUCGCCCUCGCGCCGCGGAAAGGCAUUGGGCGAGCGAGCCAUAACCCGUAGGCUAGGCCGUCCACCGCGGGCCCACAGCAUUGAUCGCUUUGGUUCUCCUGCAAGCGCUGUACUUUUUACUUUACCUUCCAUUCUUCCAAUUCCGGAAGGGUUGUUCCGAUCGAGGAGCCGAUAACCGCCGCGCGGGGUGGGGAGGGGCGGAGCCAUGCGUACCAAGCACCUCAUCCCAAACCACGCCGCGGGGCUCACCUACGCGGGCGCCUACUCCGCCCGCGAGGACUACGACUACGGCGGCGGCGGCGGGGCUGGUGGCGGUGACCCGUUCGAGGGGUUCCCGGACGCGGUGCUCGGGCUGAUCGUGUCGAAGUUGCCCUUCAGGUCCGCGGUGGCCGCCUCCGCCAUCUCGCGCCGGUGGCGCGGCGCGGUGGCCGCCGCGCCCGCUCUGGACCUCGACUUCGCGGCGGCGUUCCCGGCCGCGCCGCGACGCAGGGCGGCUUUCGCGGCCGCCGCCGCCGCCGCGCUCGGGCGCUCGCCGCACCACCCGCUCCGCCGCCUCCGCCUCGCGCUCGAGGGCCUCUUCGACCAGGCGUUCGCCGCCUCCGCGGCCGACCACCUCGCCUCGUGGCUCGCAGCCGCGGCGGCGCGAGGCGUCGAGCGGUUAGAGCUCCACCUCCCGCGCUCCCGCCUCGCCGUCCUCCCGUUGUCCCUCUUUGCCUGCACCAGCCUCACGUCCCUCACCCUUCGCUUCGACCACUACGCACUUCCGCUUCCUUCCCUUUCCCCACUCACCCGCCUAUCCCGCCUCCACCUCGCCUCUAUUUCGCUCACUGGGGACGAUGACUUCUUCGAAGAUCUCUUCUCGCACUGCACGGAGCUCCGCUACCUAAUCCUUGAACAAUGUGGCAUCGGUGCACUCCGCCUUACCGGUCCGUCGCGGCUUGGCUUGCUCGCGAUCACGGACUGUUCUUGGACGCAGAAGUCAUCUGUUGCCGUCUCUGAGAUGCCGGAGUUGCGCACUCUCCACUACUCCGGUGCAAUGGCGACCAGACACAUUAUUGAUGGCGACAUUUCUUUGGACGAAGUCCUUCUUGCCAUUGAGGAUCCACAGGCCAAGCACCGGGAGGCUUCUCUCAGAGAGCUUCUUACUUUGGUUGGCAAUGCACGGAGCAUCUUGCUUUCACCCUGGUGCAUUGAGCAAUUUGCACGUCCUGAGGAGUGGUCGAAGGUGCGGUUAGACAAGGUGAGGCGGUUGGCAUGCAUAAUAGAGAGGAGGGAAGAAGGUGCUUUAUCCAUUGCACCGUUGCUCUCAGAUUGUCCAAAUGUGGAAGAGCUCUCUGUGUCUGUCGUGCCAUCACAGUGCAAACGGAGACGGUGUAGUGACGAUGGAGAGUGUCAUGGUGUGCUGGGUGGUAAGAGGGUGAUGAUGAAGCAUCUUAAGGGAGUUAGGAUGGAGUACAUAGAUGAAAGCAAAAGUGGAUUUGAACUGGUGAAGCUCCUGCUCAAGAAUGCGCCGACGUUGGAGAUGAUGACAAUUGUGCCUUCCAUGGAUGGUCUUGAGCAGGCCAAGUUCAGGCGCAGGGUGUUGCAGCUCAGGAAAACCUCUCGGAAUGCCAGCAUCCGGUUUUGCACUACUGGGUAAUGUGAUGGUCAUGUGUAGUUCAUUAGCAAAGCUCCAUGUUGCAGUCCUGGGACGAAGAAAUCACUUGCCUACAAUCCAUGAGGUUCAUCCCAUCUUGUUCUGGUUUCUUUUAACUUGUUAUAGAGCUUCUAACUAUAGUUGAAUCACCUAGAUAGUUAUUAGAGCCAUUGUCAUGACCAGUGUUACCUGGACACGGAUACGGGUGUCGGAAUCCGACUCGGACUCGGGUGUCCGAUUCGGCAAAGAAAAUUUGGACACGCGAAAUACAACUCGGAAUCCGACACGGAUGUUGGAAUCCGACUCGGAUUCGGGUGUCCGAUUUGGCAAAUAAAUUUGGGCACGGGUGUCCGGGUAAUACAGGUCAUGACCCAUUGAACAUGGCAAUUCCAACUCUUUAAUGAAGUAUAGUUCACUAAUAUGGUAGGUCUGUCUUUGUUGGAUGCCAAUUGUAAUAUUUGUUACCUGUUAUCCUCAUGAAAAUAGGGCACCCUUGAAAGCUAAAGAAAUUAUGCACAUUCUUCAGAUCAGUUUAGCCUAUAUAAGGAUUAUAAUUUUUAGGUCCAUGUAACCCAACAAACAGGCUUGUUAGAUACGCUUUAAAUGCUAUUUGCGCAACCCUAACUUGUAGGCAGUUGUAAGCCACGUCCAACAAUCAUCAUGCUCUAUGUUGAAGAGGAACCUAAAGCCAGUUUAUUUUU